AUGGAGAUCCAUAGAGCCAUCCUCUGCGGGUUAGUAAUUUGCUCGGCUUGGCCACGUCAUGAGGGUUACAAGUCGCUGAACUCAUUGCUGUUUCGAAAAAUUGUCACCGGGUUCAACAGAAAAUACAUAUCCCUGUACGAGGCGGAAAUCAGCCAGGACCGCUCUACGAUAAACUUCACAUUGAACUUUUCGCGAAAUAUUACUGUGGACCUCUGGCUGAGGGCUGCGAUUGGACAGCAGGUAUCUAAAAGGGAGGACACCUACCGAGAUGUUUUUUCGUACAACGUCAACCUGUGCCAGGUGAUGGGCAGGGGCAAGGGCAACAGCCUCAUCAACUACUGGAUGAACAAUAUUCUACGGCAGUCCAAUAUGCCACGGAGCUGUCCUAUGCCGGAGGGGAACUACUACAUGCGCAACAUUCGAUCAGAGAAAGAGACGAUUCCCCGAUUCAUCCGCUCGGGCAGCUUUCGGAUAGACUCGAAUAUUUACGUCAGACAGUGGAACAACGACAACCUGACGAACACGGUCUUCUAUAUCGACAUAAAAAUGAAGUGACUGGGAAGCAGUUUCCGGAAAGGGUUCACCUCAAAUUCACACCAAAUGUCACUUUAAAAAUCAAUGAAUUAUUGAGGGGCUCAAAUCUCCCCUGACUAACACAACUUCUCACUUCCAAUUGCGCAAAUCGUUGCACGUGCAAUUCGCAUAAAUAAAUUAAUGACCCCAUCGAGAGGACGAGGACCAGGGCGCGGCUUCGUCCUGUGACACGGACACCAGCAGGGCUUGAAGUCCGGAACCUGAUUGGGGCGAGCUGCAAGCUGCGAUUUAUGCGAGAGCGCAAACUAGUGCGAAAUAAUUUAAACACUGUCAAUAAUUGUUUGUGGACAAAGUAUUUCUCCGUCGAAAAGUUUUCCUCCUUGCUAGCUGUUCUCGAGCUGGGCGCCUUCGUCCGGCUUCUCUCGACACGUUUGCACGCGCUUCAAAGGAUGCCACGAAUUUCUUUUCUUUGCAUUGCCAUCAAUUGCACUUCCGAUGGCGGCGUGAUGGAGCAGAUAGCAAUUUCUUGUACUUUGUUGGCGCCUUGGAAGAGGCUGGAGCUGCCCCCAGCUGCCGUAGUUGCGACCUAACCAUUUUGAUCAUCUU